AUUUUAACCUCAGUUCCAUUCGAAGAUUCAUAGUUCUAGUGAUUGUGUCAAGUGAUAUUUCUUGUAAAUAAUGGAUGAUGAGAGAUUUAAUCGAAUCAAGCAUGAUGCUAAAUUUCGACGUAUUCCAAAGAAAUCUCAAAAAGUUAAAAUAGAUAAAAGGUUUCAGUCUAUGUUCGAAGAUGAAAAAUUCAAAGAGAAAUACACUGUUAACGAAAGAGGAAGACCAAUAGAACAUACAAGUACGAAAGAUUUGAAGCGAUAUUACCAUUUGAGUUCAUCAGAUCAGAGUUCUUCAGAAGAUGAAGAAAUUGAAGUAGAAGAGGAGGGAGACUUGAAAACAACUAAUAGUACCGAUAACCAUAUUUCUAAAGAUGUGAAGAAAAAAUUGAAGGAUUUGAAGGUGGAUUUUGCUAGAGGUGAACAAACAUUAUUAUCCGAGAGUUCUUCAGAUGAUGAAGAAUCUGAAGAAGAAUAUAAAGAAGAAAAUACUUUUGAUCAUAAGUGGGGUGAAAUUGAUGCAAAUGCUGAAACAACUACUGUCAUCACUAAGCGACUUGCUGUUUGUAAUAUGGAUUGGGACAGAAUUAGAGCUAAAGAUAUAAUGGUAUUAUUAAAUUCUUUCUUACCUCCUGAUGGUGUUAUAGAAUGUGUGAAUAUUUAUGUAUCUGAAAUUGGGAAAAAGAGAUUGGCAAAAGAAGACUUGUAUGGUCCACCUGAGUUAACAGAGGCCAAACUGGAUGAUGAGGCUGAAGAAACUGAUGAAGGAUCAAAGGUUCAUAUGGAAAGACUUCGUCAAUAUCAGCUAAAGCGUUUGGAAUAUUAUUAUGCUAUAGUUACUUUCAACAAUGAAAAUGUAGCAGAUAAGGUUUAUACAGAAUGCAAUGGUAUGGAAUAUGAAUCAAGUGCUGUUAAACUUGAUUUGAGAUUUGUUUCGGAUGACACAGAAUUUGAUGAUAAACCUAAAGACACUUGUAAAGAAAUGCCUUCAAAAUACAAACCUAGAUAUUUUACUACAACUGCAUUGCAACAAGCUAAAGUUGUUCUUACUUGGGAUGAAACAAAUCCUGAUAGAAUUGAUCUUAAUGAAAAAAUAAAUAGUGGUAAGCUAGAUGACUUGGAUCAGGAUCAAUUGAAAAAUUUCAUAGCUUCCAGUGAAGAUGAAAGUGAGGAAGAAGAUCCUCAGCGGGGUGAAAAGUAUAGGGACCUUUUAAGAGAAAUAGAGAAUGAAGAAAAGCACAAAGAUGAAGAUGAGAUUGAACUAGAAGCCACUUGGGAUAUAGAAGCUGAAGCAAAAUCAAAACAAUUAGAUGAUAAGAAUAAUUCAGAGGGAGAAGAAAAAAAUCCUUUCCAACAAUACUUAGAUAAAAAAAAGGAAAAACGAAAACAGAAAAAGAAAUUAAAAAAACAAGAGAAUUCCAAUACCCUUGAAGAUUCGGAUAUACCAUCUGACAUAGAUAUGAAUGAUCCAUACUUUGCUGAAGAAUUCAAUAAACCUGAAUUCAGUCAAAACAAGAAUAAAAAACAAAAAUCCAAGAAAAAUGAGUCAGAUGAAGGAGAAAACGAUAAAAAAGGAGCUGAACUUCAACUAGUCUUGCUUGAUGAGGAGGCAGAAGACAAAAAGCAUUUCAGCUUGAAAAAAAUACAAGAAAAGGAAGAUAAAGUUAACAAAUCAAAAAAAAACAAAAAGGGUAAGAAAAAACAUGAUGAGCCCACAACUGAUAAUGAUGGAUUUAAAGUUGAUGUUAAUGAUCCCAGAUUCUCAGCUGUAUUUUCGAGUCAUUUAUACAAUAUAGAUCCUUCAAAUCCACAGUAUAAAAAAACUGAAGGAAUGGAAACAUUUGUUAGAGAAAAAUUGAAGAGGAGGGCAACAUAUGAUGAAGUUGCGCCAAAAAGGAAUAAAGUAGAUGAUAAAAGGAAUACGGAACUAGGUGCUUUAGUUAAAAAUCUGAAAAGAAAAACAAGAGAAAUGAUAAAAAAUAAAUAAUAUAUAUUUA